AUGGGAGGCCGAGUGGGCCCCAGAAGUAGUCUGGACGACGUGGAAAAGAGUAUAACUGGGAACGUUCUUUCCGUGGGUCUGCAUGUCACUACUUACCAUAAAUAUGUUGCAUGUGUGCAGGUGGUAGUUCCGAAAAGAACGGCCCUCCUGCUGGACAGGAUCAUGGUGGCGCUUCAGAAGGCUGUGGAAGACGAGAAAGGUGGCCGCAACUUUGCUCCUGGCCCUGUGGAAAACAAGAUGGACUUACAACGUCGUGGCCAGGAGAAAGGGAGAGUCUACUGGCGAUGCUACUUCAAUGCUGUCACUUGUUUCAAAAGGAAGUGACGAAACACAACGUCCGCCAUUUUUAAUUCCUCUAGGACUACAUCCAUUUUGUUUUUGUCAUUAUGAAUCUAUAAAUACUUGUAAAGAAAGUACAAUCUAACAUUCCUUACUGUUAAGGGACCUAAUUUAUGUCAGUAUUUGUCUUCUGAAAUCGUGAAUUUUAAUAAAUGUUAU